AUGAUCAGCCCAGCCUGGAGCAUCUUUCUCAUUGGGACUAGAAUUGGGCUGUUCCUUCAAGUGGCACCUCUGUCAGUGAUGGCUAAAUCCUGUCCAUCUGUGUGUCGCUGUGAUGCAGGUUUCAUUUACUGUAAUGAUCGCUUUCUGACAUCCAUUCCAACAGGGAUACCGGAGGAUGCUACAACUCUCUACCUUCAGAACAACCAAAUAAAUAAUGCUGGGAUUCCUUCAGAUUUGAAAAACUUGCUGAAGGUAGAAAGGAUAUACUUAUACCACAACAGUUUAGAUGAAUUUCCUACCAACCUUCCAAAGUAUGUAAAAGAGUUACAUUUGCAGGAAAAUAACAUAAGGACUAUCACUUAUGAUUCGCUUUCAAAAAUUCCAUAUCUGGAAGAAUUACAUUUAGAUGAUAACUCUGUCUCUGCUGUUAGCAUUGAAGAGGGAGCAUUCCGAGACAGCAACUAUCUCCGACUACUUUUCCUGUCCCGUAACCACCUUAGCACAAUUCCCUGGGGUUUGCCCAGGACUAUAGAGGAACUACGCUUGGAUGAUAAUCGCAUAUCCACUAUUUCAUCACCAUCUCUUCAAGGUCUCACUAGCCUAAAACGCUUGGUUUUAGAUGGAAACCUGUUGAACAACCAUGGCUUAGGUGACAAAGUUUUCUUCAACCUAGUUAACUUAACAGAACUGUCACUGGUGCGGAAUUCCCUGACUGCUGCACCAGUAAACCUCCCAGGAACAAACCUGAGGAAGCUUUAUCUUCAAGAUAACCACAUCAAUCGGGUGCCCCCAAAUGCUUUUUCUUAUCUAAGGCAGCUGUAUCGACUUGAUAUGUCCAAUAACAACCUAAGUAAUUUACCUCAGGGUAUCUUUGAUGAUUUGGACAAUAUAACCCAACUGAUUCUUCGCAACAAUCCCUGGUAUUGUGGGUGCAAGAUGAAAUGGGUACGGGACUGGUUACAGUCACUACCUGUGAAGGUCAAUGUGCGUGGGCUUAUGUGCCAAGCCCCAGAAAAAGUUCGUGGGAUGGCUAUCAAGGACCUCAAUGCAGAACUGUUUGAUUGUAAGGACAGUGGGAUUGUAAGCACCAUACAGAUAACCACUGUAAUGCCCAACACAGUGUAUCCUGCUCAAGGACAGUGGCCAGCCUCAGUGACCAAACAACCAGAUAUUAAGAACCCCAAAUUCUCUAAGGAUCAGCAAACUACAGGGAGUCCCUCAAGGAAAACAAUUACAAUUACUGUGAAGUCUGUCUCCUCUGACACAAUUCAUAUCUCUUGGAAACUUGCUCUACCUAUGACUGCUUUAAGACUCAGCUGGCUUAAACUGGGCCAUAGCCCAGCAUUUGGAUCUAUAACAGAAACAAUCGUAACAGGGGAACGCAGUGAAUACUUGGUCACAGCCCUGGAGCCUGAUUCUCCAUAUAGAAUAUGCAUGGUUCCCAUGGAAACCAGUAACCUCUAUCUAUUUGAUGAAACUCCUGUUUGUAUUGAGACCGAAACUGCACCCCUUCAAAUGUACAACCCUACCACCACCCUCAAUAGAGAGCAAGAGAAAGAACCUUACAAAAACCCCAAUUUACCUUUGGCUGCCAUCAUUGGUGGGGCUGUGGCCCUGGUGACCAUUGCCCUUCUUGCUUUAGUGUGUUGGUAUGUUCAUAGGAAUGGAUCGCUCUUCUCAAGGAACUGUGCAUACAGCAAAGGUAGGAGAAGAAAGGAUGACUAUGCAGAAGCUGGCACUAAGAAGGACAACUCUAUCCUGGAAAUCAGGGAGACUUCUUUUCAGAUGUUACCAAUAAGCAAUGAACCCAUUUCAAAGGAGGAGUUCGUAAUACACACCAUAUUUCCUCCUAAUGGAAUGAAUCUGUAUAAAAACAAUCACAGUGAAAGCAGUAGUAACCGAAGCUACAGAGACAGUGGUAUUCCAGACUCAGAUCAUUCACACUCAUGAUGCUGGAGGACUAGCAGCAGACUGUGUUUUGGGUUUUUUUAAACCUAAGGGAGGUGA